CUCUCGGUGACCAGCAGAGGUGGAGAGUCUCAAUCCCACUCAGUCAGACUGAGAGGAGAGAAUUUGGAAGACCUCCCCCAAAAAGCCAUACUGAGGAAGUUUGCAGAAGCAGCGGCCGCGGCAGCAGCAGUUGAAAAGGUUAGAGCCUGCAGCCACCUCUUCCUCUGCCGCUGCUGCCUGUCCUGGAGCCCGCGCUUGGAAGGACAUCCCUGCUCGCCUUGACUUUGUUGGGCUUCGUGAAUCUCAUGCCUGAAACGGGGACUCGGGCAGCUGCUAGUGCCCGGAAAACCAGCCCGGCACGGACCUCCAGGGUGAAAAAAAGUAAUUGUACAAGACUAGUACUGUAAGAAACAGAACUCUUCUGCGUAAUUUCAAGAUGGAAACCUUUUAUCUCAGGGCCUCCUUUUGGCUCCUGUUGGCUGGAUGUGUGGUUAGUGACAAUCCUGAAAGUUAUCACACAAAUCUGAGUGACCCUGUGGAUGACUUGACCACAUUUCGUGGGACAGAGCCCAGUCUGCCCUUUACUACCCACCGCCCCACUUCCUUGGUACUACCAAGCAAUGGCUCAAUGAGUAACUAUUGCCCUCAGCAGACUAAAAUCACUUCAGCUUUCAAGUACAUCAACACAGUGAUAUCUUGUGCUAUUUUCAUCGUUGGAAUGGUGGGGAAUGCGACUCUGCUCAGGAUCAUUUACCAGAACAAAUGCAUGAGGAAUGGCCCUAAUGCACUGAUAGCCAGCUUGGCCCUGGGAGACUUAAUCUAUAUUGUCAUUGAUAUCCCUAUCAAUGUAUUUAAGCUCCUAGCUCAGCGUUGGCCUUUCGAGCAGAAUGAGUUUGGAGUCUUUCUCUGCAAGCUGUUCCCCUUCUUGCAGAAGGCCUCAGUUGGCAUCACGGUCCUCAAUCUCUGUGCUCUCAGUGUGGACAGGUACAGAGCGGUUGCCUCCUGGAGUAGAGUCCAAGGAAUUGGGAUUCCUUUGGUCACUGCAAUUGAAAUUGUGUCCAUCUGGAUUCUGUCCUUCGUCCUUGCUAUCCCUGAAGCCAUUGGUUUCGUCAUGGUGCCCUUUGAGUAUAAAGGCAAACAGCAGAAAACCUGUAUGCUCAACCCCACAAAUGACUUCAUGAUGUUUUACCGAGAUGCAAAAGACUGGUGGCUCUUCGGUUUCUAUUUCUGUGUACCGUUAGCAUGUACUGCCAUCUUUUAUACCCUAAUGACUUGUGAGAUGCUCAACAGAAGAAAUGGCAGUUUGAGAAUUGCACUCAGUGAGCACCUUAAGCAGCGCCGUGAAGUAGCAAAAACGGUCUUCUGUUUGGUUGUGAUUUUUGCUCUUUGCUGGUUUCCUCUUCAUCUGAGCCGAAUCUUGAAGAAGACAGUGUACAAUGAGAGAGAUAUGAACCGGUGUGAAUUGCUUAGUUUCUUAUUGCUUAUGGAUUACAUCAGCAUUAACUUGGCAACUAUGAAUUCAUGUAUAAACCCGAUAGCACUAUAUUUUGUCAGCAAAAAGUUUAAAAACUGUUUCCAGUCAUGCCUCUGCUGUUGCUGCUACCAGUCAAAAAGCCUCAUGACCUCAGUACCUAUGAAUGGAACAAGCAUUCAGUGGAAAACCCAUGAACAAAACCACCACAACACAGACAGGAGCAGCCACAAGGACAGCAUAAACUGAUAUCCAGAGCACCAGCAACACCUCAAGCCUUAUGAAAAAAGAAAGACUGAUCCCACAGAUGUUUUGCCAGGAAGUUUACCAAUUUUCUCAUUCUUCUCUGCCCCUUCCCCUGAAAAAUGCACUUGGGAAUUGCCAUCAAGUAACCUAAUUAGGUCUUUUAAGUCCCGUGAAGCUGACUGCUUUCAGCUGACUUGAUGUUCUUCAGAGAUGACAAUGAGCAGUGCUGGAGGAACCUGGAAAGAGCUCUCUUAGAGUUUUUAGCCCCCAGGGACACAUCUGCUACUUUUGCAGGAAGUGAGAGUCUUCCCCACAUGUGACUGGCAAAAGUGCACCUUCUGGCUGAGGUCUGCUGAGAAGUGGCACGAUGAAAUUUUGCUGAGGGCCACAGGAGGAACUGUGAGCAAUAUAAGUUCAUCUCCAGCCUCGAGUGUUGAAAUUUGUUUUUCUUAUAAAACACAGUAUGGUUUCAGCCACCUUUGUUUUAAAUGUCAAUCCACACCAGUAUUCUUUUUUUUUAAUUACAUAUCUUAGUAACAUAGUCACAAAAAUUUGCUCUCAUUCUACAUAUAUUUUGUAUAGAAAGCAGUAGAUUUAAUGAGCAGUGAGAAGGUAAGGUUUCUCUAAGCAAUUCUGAAUCUAUAAAAAUGUAUGCCUUAAAAGCAGCUCAAAUUUAGGUACUUAAAACUCAAACUGAAAGCUCCAGAAGGUACUAUGAUGUGCUAUUCAUAAUAAUUGACGUUUACUUAGUGCUUUGAAUUUGCAAAGUGCUUUAUGAAUGUUACUACAUUUGAGCUCCAGAAUAGCCCUAGGAGGUAGGUACUACAAAUCGAAUUGUCCUCAAUUUAUAAAUGAGGAAACUAAAUCUCAGAGAGAAGUGAUUUGUUCAGGAUUAUAGAAAUAGGAAAUAUCAGAGACAGGCUCUGAACCCAGGUCUUCCUGCCUCUCAUCUAGUGUUCUAUCAGGCUGUUACUCUAAGCGUUAGUCUAAGGACUUCUAAAGAAACCCCUUAGGGGGAGUUUUUUAAUGGUCCUUUCUAAGCUAAAGGGAAUACUGAAACUCAUAAUCAAUUCCCAAAUCACAUUUCAAUUUCAUAGACAUUUACUAAAUGCUAGAGGUACUUUCAGAUUCAACAGCCAUUUUCCGUAAGCCUAUUUCUUUCUUCAGAGGUAUCUAUUUCUCCUACAAAAUGAAGAGAUCGUACUAAGAACUAAAAGGCAAAGCACUUAAACUAUUUCUGAAGUUUUCAGUAACUGUCACUGACUCAAGAGGAAAUGCAAGAAAAUAAGCAAUUCAAAGUAUCCCAUUUUCAUCAGAGUUAUGUGUUGUUUUGGGUUUUUUUUUAUUAUUUUAAAGCAUAGUAGUACAAACUCUAGCAACUCUUCUUUUGCUAUAUUUGGAUUAUGCUUUAACUUUCAGUGAUUCUCAAAAAUGGCGGCUAAGUGGGUGGAGCGCUGGCCCUGGAGUGGGGGGUACCUGAGUUCAGGUCCAGCCUCAGACACUUAACACUUGUGACCGUGGGCAGGUCAAUUGACCCCAGUUGCCUCACUAAAAAAAAAAAAAAAAAAAGACUAAGUGAUGGCACCAGUCUUUAGCCACCAAGUGUCCCAUGUAUAUCAUUAAACAUGGAACAUUAGACAUGCUAUGUUUCAAUGCCUCUUACCUCUGCUACAGAAAACUACUAGGAGAUUCAUGGGCCAGGUUGAAAUGCAGUCAUACUAAAUGCCAACCUUCUUCAUCUCCCAGUUCUAAAGAGCAAACCUUCUACAUGUUAACCUGCUCACAAGGUCACCAUUUCAAAGUGCCUCCAGUGAUUUAUCCUGGGCAACUUCCCAGAUGUUUACAGUCUGUGCAUAGCAGAGAGCCUUCGUGUACAUAGAAACACCAUUUGUAAAUUUCUUUGCAGAUUUUUUUGAGAUUAACUAUCCACAAUGUGUCUUUGUGUAUGUACAUAUGUGUGCAUAUAAUAUAUGCAGUUGUGUAUCAAACUAUAACCUGAUAGUAUUGUUCGAAAGUAGUGCCCCCUAGUGGACCCUGAACAAAACAUAUGAGGACAUUUAACCUGGAUAAUUAAUUUUACAUCAGAAGCCUAUUUGUUCCCAAAGCUAGUGACCACACUUGUCAUUCCAAAGGGAAGGUCCAAUACACUGAACAAUGAACUGAACUGAGCUGGGAUGUAUGAGGCCAAAGCAACAAAAUUAUUUCUUUUUUUUAAAGACUAAAUUUUUUUUGAUGAAGUAACAUUUUGGGUUGUGUCACCUCCUGUGCUACAGUGAUAGGAAUGUAUUAUCUUAUAAUAACCCCCUGCUGCCACCCUCCUCUAUCCAAUGUGUAAUGGAUAGAACACAAGCCUUGGGGUCAGGAAGACCUGGAUUCAAGUACUUAUUCUCUCAGUACCCAGGAAGUUUUCUAUAACCAUAUGUUAUAGACUAAUUGACACGAUUUGUAACAGUAGAGGGAGUUUCCAUACAGAGAUUUUCCAUGUCCUGAUGAGGUCAUCUGGACCAGAAUAAAAAAUGAACAAUACAUUCAUGAGGAUGCUGGGUAGUGCUAGAAGACAGUGCCAGGAAUCCUGCUUUGCUGACACAGAGCUAAGCUCAUUUAUGGUGUUGCAUUUAGACAUGAUCCCAUACCCCACCCCACCUAAAAACUGCUAUUGAAAGUGAGAGGCUAAGAAACUCUGCUUAUUCAAGUGUUACCCUGUCACAUUCCCUUCAUUCAUUGGUACAGCACAUGAAAUGACAUUUGCCUAUAACUUAAGCUAUAGUAUUACAAGAAUUUUGUUUAGACAAUCAUAAUUGUAAAAAAAAAUUACGUGGUUUCUUGCAUAUGGAUGAAAUAUAUUUUAUAAAUCCAGAACGUCAUACAUUUCUGGCAUCAAAUAGUAACAGCAUGAGCUUUAAUACAUGGGUUGUCAAUAAGCUUAGGAGGAGAUAAUUAUGCUUUUGAGGAGGCUAAUUUCCACAGUAUUUAUCAUAUCUGUACAGCAAGGUGACUCCCUAUAGAAAUGAGCCAGAUGCCAAUGUCCUAUAAUGGAAGUGGCCCAGAAAUGUAAAAUAAAGCAGAUAUUCCUACAA